CAAAGAGGAGAUCGCAUGGCGGGAGCGCGGCGCAGGAAUCCUCAAGGUCAACGUGCCAGCGGAUUCCGUCAUGCUCGACCCGGAGACCGGCGCCGCCGAUGCUAAGACCUUUGACAGCUCGGCCCUGAAGGAGAGCACGCCCGAGAAUCCCAGGCUGGUCCGAUUGCUCAUGCGACAGGACUCGACACUGCGCGUCAUAUUGAACACGGUCAUGCUUGCCAGGAUGGAGUUCCAGCUUAAGGAAGGCCUCAAGUCAAAGAGUGUGCUGUUCACAGCCAUCGAGGGCGAGGACGCUAAGCACGUCCAAGUGCAGAUGAAGAUGAGCCCACAAAGCGCAGAUACCUUCCUUAAGGCCAUCGACGGUAUCAAGAAGAAGCUGUAGGAAGAGGCUGAGUCUCGUCAGGAGCGCGGCCAGAGCAUAGAUGGUCCUGCUGAAUGGACCCGCUCCCCCCUAUUGAGCAAGCUGCCGUUGGAUUAGGAUUGACUAUAAACAAAGACUCAAGUCUGCAGUCUAUGCUGUCUUUGGCAACAUACAAGGCGCUGCUCAUGAGCCAUGUCUUUGGGGGGAAACUUACUUUACGCAAGAGAGAAACGGAUGCCCAUUGAAAUGAUGCAACGUUCCUCAGUGGUAUAGCUAUGAGCAAGAAAUACCCACCUCCUUUUUGCCCUUCUCAAGGUUCCCUACAGUCGUUGGGGGAAGGGAAUUUUUUAUUUUUUUUUUCAAAACAGUAUGAGGGUGGGCAUAUGUUCCUGUUCCUGUUCCUGUUCCUUCUUCCUUUCUUCUUCUUUUGCAUCGCAGAUGUGUAUAUACUACAACAAAGAUGGGAGGGUCGGUCUCAGGAUGGGCAUACAUGACGUGCACGUGAUAGAUUUAAGGCUAGCAAAAGAAGAGGUUCUCGCUCGCUGCUAUGGGAACGAAUGAAGACUUGCAUGACUUUUUCUACCACUUGUCAAAUCUAUUAAUCCGACAUACGAUUUCGGAAAUUAC